AUGGAUGUGAAGAAUGUCUUUCUUCAAGGAGAAUUGGAGGAUGAAGUCGACAUGAGACCACCUCCUGUCUAUGUGGAUGACAUUAUCAUCACUGGUAGCAACAAGGAAGAUUUGGGAGAGUUGAAGUACUUUCUUGGGAUUGCGAUCUGCCGCUCUAAAGAGGGGUUAUUCUUAUCUCAAAGAAAGUACACACUUGAUAUUUUAAAUGAGGCAGGAAACCUUGGGAAUAAAAAUGCCAAGACUCCAUUAGAAGAAGGAUUCAAGGUACUGAGAGAGGGGGAGUAUGAGUCUACACCAUUUGGAGAUAUCAAGAAGUAUAGAAGAAUGGUGGGUAAGCUCAUCUAUCUAACCAUCACCAGACCAGAUAUGUGCUUUGCUGUGAAUCAAGUGAGUCAACACAUGAGAGCUCCUAAGGUGCAUCAUUGGAAUAUGGUGGAGAGGAUCUUAAGGUACCUAAGAGAGGCGCUUGGCCAAGGAGCAUGGAUGGUAUGUAGCAAUAGUACUGAAGUUGUUGGAUAUUGUGAUGCUGAUUGA